CCGCCCCCCGGCGCGGGGCCCACGCGGGGGCCGGGGGGCAGCGGGGGGCGGGCGGGGGCGGCCCGGGCGCACAAUGGGGCUCUCAGGCGCGGACAGAGGCGCUUUGUGCGCGGGCACGUGACGGGGUCAGCGCGGGACGCCGGGGCCCCUCCGCCGGGGCGGCCCCGCGGCCCCACAGCGCCCCACAAGCCCCCGCAGCCCCCCGAGGGCCCCCGCAGCCCCUGCAGCGCCCCACAGGCCCCGCGCCAACCCCCAUAGGCCCCAGAGCGCCCCACAGGCCCCCACAGGGCUCGACAAGCCCCCAAGGGCCCCACAAGCUCCUCUCGGGCCCCCGGGACCCCCCGUCCCUACAGGCCCCCCCGGCGCCCCGAGGCCCCCCGGGCUCCGACGGGCGGGGCCGGGCGGCGGCGGCGAAGGGGUUAAGCGGGGCGGCGCUGUCCCUUUAAGGGGCGGGGCGCGGGAGCGGUGACGUUCGGCGCUCGGCCCCGCCCCCGGAAGUGGCCGGCGGUGGCGGCGGGCGGGCGGAAGGCGGAAGUGGGGCGGGAGAGAGACCCCGGGGGGGGCGGGAGGAGGCGGAGACCCCCCCCCGCCCGCCUCGGCACCGGCACGGGAGAAGGGACAGCGAUGGCGGCGGUGACCUAGGCCCCGCGGGGCCAGGGCUGGGGCCGGGGCCGGGCCGCCGGGAUGGAGCCGCGGGAGCGCCCGGGUGCCAGCGCGGCGGAGCGGGGCGGCUCUCCCUGCCGGCACCGGGAGCCGAGCGGUGCGCGGCCCGUCGCGGAGAGCUUCGUCCCUAGGAGCCCGGAGCGUCCCUGCGCCAGCGAGGAGCCGUGUGAGGGCCGAGACGGGGGCCACCCGUCCCCGUGGGGCGGCGGCGGGGGGUGGACGGCCCGCGCCGCCGAGGACAGCACCGCCUGGAACAGGAGCUGCGACCCGGGGCGGCCGUUAGCGCUCGAAGACGACGACCUGCCCUUCCUGGGCUCCGAGGGCCCCGGCGCCGGCCCCGAGCGCUCCUGCCGCUGCCAGGGCGAGAGGUCGGUGCCCCCGAGCCCCUUCGCUGAGCAGAGGGACGGAUCCUGCAGCGUCGCCUGCCACCGCCGGGCCGCCGAGGCCCCGGAGCUGCGCGGCCGGCCCCGAGGCCGGGAGGAGGGCGAGGAGGACGGCGCCAGCGACGAGCCGCUCGGCCCCGGCCGGGCGCCGGGCGGCCGCAGGACCAAGAAGCGCCAGAGGCCCCGCUCUGCCCCCAGGGAGGAGGGCCGGGAGCCCGGGAAGCGCGAGGGCCGCCCGGGGCCGGGCCGGAGGCACAGGCCGCCUCGGAAGAGGAGCCAGGCGGAGGGGCCGCGGGACGGUGGGGCCGAGGCCACGUGGCCGGGGGAGGCGCUGGCCCGGCUCUGCCUGGCCCGUUCCAGGGCGCUGCUGGAGGCGGCGCUGGCCCACGCGCGCGGGCUGUGCGUGGAGGUUGGCGGCCGCCUGCUCUGCUCCUGCGGCCGCCUCGGCGCCCGCGACCUGGGCUCGGCCCGGGCCAGCGUGAGGACCUGGGGCCAGCGGGUGGGCCAGCAGGCCCGCAGCGGCUCGGCUCGGGCCGGCCGGUGGCUCCGCGCCGGGGCGGAGCUCUUCCUCCGCCUGCUCUGGAUGCUCUGCGCCCUGCUCUUCCUCGUCGUCAUGCUGCUCCUGGGCAGCCUGCGGCUGUGCGGGCGCCUGUGCGCGGCCGCGCUGGUCGCUGGCGCCGGCCGGCUGGGCGGGACCGGCCGCGGGGCCCGGCUCCUCGCGCUCCUCGACGUCUCCGUCCUCCACCGCACGUGGAGCCUCUUCAAGGAGACCAGGACUUGCCGGAACCUCUGGGACUGGCUGCGGACGUGGCGCGCUCCCCCCUGGGCGCCCGGCGGGCCGAGGGCGGACGGGCUGGGGGACGCCGCGCCCGGCCCCGACGGCGGCCCCCCCGGCGCCGGCUCGAGGGAGGAGGUGGCCCGGUUGCUGGCCCUGGCGGCCGUGCCCGAGGAAGAGCUGAACCCCUUCCAGGUGCUGGGCUUGGAGGCGACGGCGUCCGACGCGGAGCUGAAGAAGGCCUAUCGCCGGCUGGCGGUGCUGGUUCACCCAGACAAGAACGAACACCCGCGAGCGGAGGAGGCCUUCAAGGUCCUGCGAGCGGCCUGGGAUAUCGUCAGCAACCCGGAGAAGAGGAAGGAGUACGAGAUCAAGCGGAUGGCAGAGAGCGAGCUGACGAGGUCCGUGAGCGAGUUCCUCACCAGGCUGCAGGACGACCUGAAGGAGGCCAUGAACACCAUGAUGUGCAGCAAGUGCCAGGGGAAGCACAAGCGGUUUGAGAUGGACCGUGACCCGCUCAGCGCCCGCUACUGCGCUGAGUGCAGCAAGCUGCACCCCGCGGAGGAGGGCGACUUCUGGGCCGAGUCCAGCAUGCUGGGGCUGAAGAUCACCUACUUUGCCAUGAUGGACGGGAAGAUCUACGACAUCACGGAGUGGGCCGGCUGCCAGCGGGUCGGCAUCUCUCCGGACACCCAUCGCGUCCCCUAUCACAUAUCGUUCGGGUCGAGGAGCGCCGGGCCGAGCGGGCGGCAGAGGGCCUCCUCCAAAGGCAGCCCCGCCUCCGCCGCCGACCUGCAAGACUUCUUCAAGCGCGUGUUCCAGGGGAGCUCGGCACAGGUGCCCGGGGGGGCCUUCUCCCCCCCGCCGCCACCCACGGCACCCGCGGGGGCAGCCACCUCCGCAGGGACGCCCCCGAAGACGGACGGCGCUGCCCCGAAGGGGGACGCGAAGCACAAGAGGCGGAAGAAGUCCGGUCUGCGUGCGUGAGGCAGGAGCGAGGAGACGGCGCUGGUCCUCCAUGGCGAGUAACGGUCCCCGGCAGCCUGACCUACUUUGCACAAGUUUCCCCUGUUGUGCAACAGCCCGGCAGCGAGUGCAGCCACGUGGCCAGCGACCGCCGCGCUUGGAGGGGCUGAGCCUCGCAGGCUGCCCACGCGCUGAGGCAGCUUCGUGGAGGGGAGCUGGUGGCUCCUGCCGGCGCAUCCGAAAGCCGACACGGCUGGAAGAUCAAUCCGGAGGCUGGCGCGAGCUGUGGCACAGCGCUGCCUUCCAACGCCUCAGCCCAUCCCUUGGACAGUCCUGCCUAAGCUGAACUGCCGCAUGACUCGUUGACGCAGGUCAUGUUUGCUUUCCGCUAACCUUUUUGUACUCCCAGCUCUGAGCAGCUGGGUUUUAAAGGGUAGCGUACUUCUUUCUUAUCUCUUUUGUUAAAUUAAAGUACGGUUUGAAGAA